AUGGCUGCAGUUGCCAGUGAGCCUAACAGCAGCUGGGAGAGCACUGCGCAGAGGGAAGCCCAGGGCAGUGGCACCUGGGAUCUGUACGUGCGACAGAGAAGCCUCAUCCGGCAGUUCCUGCGCUCCAGCCUCAGCCUCCCCUACCUCCAGAAGCAGCAGAACAAGGUUCGUGCCCUGAAGAGGUGCUCCUUUUACUUGGAUAUUGAGCCCAAAUACGUGAACGUGACAGACCAGAACCAUGGGAUGCAUCGCAUCGAGAUCCUGCAGCUCAUAGGCGGCCAGCGGCUGCGGAGGGUGCGGAAGAUGGGAAAAACCCAGACCCAAAUCCAGCUGCUGCUGCUAACGGAGCUGUUGGAACAGCUGCACCAAGGCCGGCAGGAGCUGAACUUCUAUGUAGAGUUCUGUGACAUGACGACUUUCUUCUCCCAGUGGGACAGGAUCAGGCAGAAACUGUGCAAGCUCACUGGGUAUAUGGAAACCCUCCUCUCCUUGGAGUUCCCAGGGAAGAUCUGCGUCAAGCACAGCCUGGUGUCCCACAUGGAUCUCACGGGCAGCAGACCCCCCAGCUUCAGCCUGUCCCUCUACACCAAGAUGCCCGUGGUUUUUGAUCGCAAGGAAUCUUUUGCGCUCGACAACUGGGCCAGGCUCAAGUGGUUUACGGAGAACCAGGAGUCACACCUGGAACAGUGCGAGCUGAGCUUCAAGCUACUGACAGUCGGGUUGGAAGUGGGAUUCGGCAGGACCUACCAAGUCAGCUCCAACUCCUGCGUGGUCCACAGCCUGAAGCCCGGCAGAUCCUACGAGUUCACCAUUAGAAGGUCACCCGAACAGGCCCUUGUCCUUGAGGAGUGGCACGACACCAUCGUUCUGACAACGCGCACCACCAAAGACGUGCAGAGAACCCCGGAGGGAUGA